AUGUCCAAUAAACACGAGAAAGAGAAACAAAAGUCACUCCAAGAGAAAUAUCAAUCUAUCUUAUACGGACUUUUGAGAGAUGAAGAUAACAAGUAUUGCGUGGAUUGUGACGCCAAAGGACCAAGAUGGGCUUCCUGGAAUUUGGGUGUGUUCCUUUGCAUCCGUUGUGCCGGAAUCCAUCGUAACUUGGGGGUCCACGUGUCAAAGGUCAAGUCUGUCAAUCUAGAUUCAUGGACUGAAGAACAAGUGGCAAUGAUGCAAGAGAUUGGAAACAGCAGGGGUCGAGCUGUCUAUGAAGCAAACAUUCCAGAUAACUUUAGGAGACCUCAGAGUGACUCGAGUUUGGAAUCAUUCAUUAGAGCCAAAUAUGAGCAGAAGAAAUACAUCGCAUCGGAAUGGAUACCACCUAAACCAAAGGUGUAA